CUAUUAUAUAAGUUUGUCACUAAUGGCCCAAUUAUGUUCAUGGGUGGUGGCGGCGGCGGCGAUAACAGUUGGGUUGUUGUUGAUCGUUCCGGCCUUCGCCGGGAAUUUCUCGGAAGAUUUUGACAUAACUUGGGGAGGAAAGAGAGCAAAUAUAUUUGAAAGAGGUCAGCUUUUGUCUCUAUCUCUAGACAAGAUUUCUGGUUCUGGUUUCCGAUCCAAAAAAGACUAUUUGUUCGGAAGAGUCGACAUGCAGCUAAAGCUUGUCGCCGGAAACUCCGCCGGAACUGUUACCACAUACUAUUUAUCAUCGGAAGGGACGGCUCAUGAUGAGAUAGACUUCGAGUUUUUAGGGAAUUUGAGCGGACAACCAUACAUAGUCCACACUAACGUCUACACUCAAGGAAAAGGAAAUCGAGAACAACAAUUCUACUUAUGGUUCGAUCCCACGAAGAACUUUCACACCUACUCCAUUGCAUGGACACCAACCCAAAUCAUUUUUCUAGUGGACAACACUCCCAUAAGAGUUUUCAGAAAUGCGGAGUCAAUUGGAGUCCCAUUUCCGAAAAGCCAGCCAAUGAAAGUGUACUCAAGUCUAUGGAACGCCGACGAUUGGGCUACUCAAGGUGGGUUGGUGAAGACUGAUUGGACUAAAUCGCCUUUCACAGCAUACUACCGAAACUUCAACAUCCAAACAUGUUCCGGGUCGUGCUCUUCAUUCUCGGGCGGGUCGGUCUCGAAAGGGGGAUUAUGGAAGAGCCAAGAUUUGGAUGCUUAUGGGAGGAGAAGAUUGAGAUGGGUUCAAAAGAAUUUCAUGAUAUAUGAUUAUUGUGCUGAUUUCAAACGAUUUCCUCAAGGAUUUCCACUAGAGUGUAAGAGGAGUGGAAGGUUUUAGAUCACAAAUCAAUCUAUAAUAAGUUAAAACUAAUGUAUGUUGUAAUUAAAUGUGUAAAAUGAUGCAUAAGUGGGUAGUUAUUUUCUUCAUGUGGUUGUAUUGUCAUAUGCAUGUUGAUAAUAAUAAUUAUUAUUUUCUUUA